GUCCGUGAUACUAGACUACAUCAACGAUCCCUAGUCUACCACACAAGGGCAAGAUCGAGUGGAGAGCCUUUGGAGGUUCGUCAAGAGGUGUGCUGCUGAUCAGAACCGAGCAACCGUCGAGGGGGUCGUGUGAGGCAAGAUGGUGCACCUCCGUCUCAACGAUCCUGACACCUCUCGCAACCCCUACAUCAACUACAUCACCUCCCUACCCAUCUACCCCGACCACGAAGAAGCCCACCAUCGUCUACAACAACUUGCCGCCCUCUUUAAACCCAUCAUGAAGAAACACGGUUUACAGAUCAACUCUUUUGAAGAGUAUGAACCUAAUCCGGAAUUUAGUGGGAGGAAUUGGAAUGCGGGAGAGAAUAUUGAAUUGGUGCUUAGGAGGAGGGGAGCGAGAAAGGGGGAGGGAGGAGGUGGGGGAUGGCUACCCUUUCCGCUACUGUGCUAUGUCUUUAGUCAUGAGCUGGCACAUUCAUUUGAGAUGAACCACUCCUCUCGCCAUGCGGCUUGGACAAAGACAUUUUCUCAAGAGUGUCGAGAGCUACAAGCCAAGGGAUACUACGGCGACGGACUUUGGUCUGCCGGUCGCCGGCUGAACGAUGCAGAGUGGUGUCAAGGCUCGAGCGAUCUGGGAGGUGCGGCCGUUCCUUCCUCUCUCUGUGGUGGAGCAUGGAAGAAGGGCAAAGGCAAGGGAAGAACUGCAGGCAGGAAGCGCAAAAGGACAGCUCACAAUGGAGCGUCUGCUCCAGGCACGACUCGCAAGAAGGGAACACCAUCCCUGCACACUGGCGCACAGACUGCACGCAACACUGAACUCACAGCCGGCAAGCGUCGAGCCUACGUCGCGCUUCCCGGCUCUGGAUCUCGUGUGGACGGUAGAGAUUACCUCCCAAGGGCAACUGCGAAGAGUCAAGAGUACAAGCUCGACGAGAAUUCGACCUUUCGCAGAAGGGCGAAUACGAAUGCUGCGAGGGAUUUGAGGGCGGCAGCUACGAUGAGGAGGAUUAAUGCUUUGCAGGCUGCGUCCGACGGGACCAAGGCUGAGAAGACGGAUAGCAAAGAUGAGAGAGACGGCAAAGAAGCCAAAGCUGGCAGCUCAUCACGUCUGCCGUCCCUGGGCGUCUUCGAUCAAGCGGAUGGUCACGAAGCCGAUGAUGCAAUCUCGGAUGUUGCAUUCGACGAUCUACCUGUCGGAGCAGAGCAGGAGGAAAGCGAAACGGAAGACGAGCAAGAAGAGGAGGGAGAAGACGAUGGCGAUCUGUACGACUCUGCAACCGACGACGAAGCCGACGACUCUGCCUUUGUAUGCGGUUCAACAUGUCCUUCUUCGGCAGGGGGAGCCGGCAGCAAUCUACCCUCCAAUCCGGUCCCAUCAGACGGCAAAAUCGCUACUGCUUCCACGAGUCCGGCGUCGGCGCCGGGGCAGUCUCAGCGGCAGACGAUGUCGUCUGGCGAAACGGACGCCCAGCGUCAGAGGAGGAUGGAGCGUUAUCGUCAAUCCCUCCAGGUCGAGCGAGCACAGACUGCAAAGCAAUCAGGGAAGAAAGCCUCUGGCUCUAGCGAUCCCAGCAGCGGCGUGAUAGUAGGGGAAGAUGAGGAGUGGCAGACAGCCUUGAAGGAUGUACAGAGGCUGGGAGCUAGUCAGCGACGUAUGGAAGCUCUUCAGCGCACUUCUACCUCUCGAUUAGAUUCCGGAGAUGACAAGGCACGCUCCGACCAUACGCCAGUCAAGAGCGAGUCCGGAGAGCGCCACAGCGAGGAGAAAAAGCCCAAGGGACUUUCACUGUCUUCGCCUCGGCGUCCAGCAUCCUCUUCGGCGGCUGCAAAUCCUCAGAAGAAGCAGAGCACCACUCUGAAGAAGAAAGGCGGCGGAGGUACGUUGCUUGGUGGUGGAACUGGAGCGGGAAGUGGCGUCAGUCGCCUCCUCGCACUGCAGCCGACUGCUCCUGCCUCAAGUGCUCCUGCGGCUGCGGCUGCGCCAGACAGUGAGACUGAUGACGAGGACGUUGUUUGCACUGGAUUCAGAAAGGCAGACCAGUGAGGUACGGAGCGCCGAUCGAGUUGAGCAGGGAUUGCGGCGACCAUGGAACGGAUACGGACAAAAUCACAAUAUACCACGCUACAAUCUGUCUUUUGCUGUACACAUGCCCCCAAGUGGUGCACAUUCAUAUCAUUCUCAUACCCUUU